AUGAGCGGCACGUCGAGGACCCGCUGGGCCAGCACGAUCACGACCCGCGGCCGCACGGACUCGGCGGCGGACUCUGCGCGCCCCUCCUGGGCGGGUUCGGCAGCGGGGGACUCGGGGCGCGUGGAUGAGGUUCGGCGACGGAACGCCGCCGAGGCCGUGAUGACGCGGCUGAAGACGACGGGCCGGGCGGGGGCCAGCGCGGGGGAACGGGGGUACAUGGACGACAGCGACGGUGAUGACAGCACCAGCGUGUCGCGCCCGACGUCGAGGCGACGCGGCCGGUCACGCGGGGUGUCCGCGCGGUCGCGCGCGGGGUCGGUGUACUACGGCGAAGUCGACGAGCUCGACGCGAUGUCGCAGGCGGUGGUCGGGAAGAGCUCGGUGACGCGGGAGCGGCAACACGAAGCACGCGCGCUGCAGCGCGCGACUUCUAGCAUGCACAUCGGCAAGGCGAUCCUCGGGGACCACGCCAGCGCGCGUAUCGUGACGCUCGAGAACCACGAGGGCUUCGUGAACGUCGGCGGCGCGCGCGCGCGUGUGUUUUAUGUCGCUGAGGGCGACCACGCUGAGUACAUGCGCUCCCUGAUGCCGUCCGUGUGGGAGGGGGACCCGCCCGCGCUGCCGAAAGCGCUCCAGAGCGUCAAAGUCCAGAUCAUUCGCGGCGCGGACUACGACGCGGGCGCCCUCGUGGGGGGCGACGCAAGCGUCAGCUUCAUGGCAACGCAGCUCUUCGCCAACUCCAGGCACGAGGGCCUCAUUCUGCGCAAGCUCCGGCCGCGCGACCGCCCCACGGACAAGCUCGGCUCGAAGCUCAUCCUCCCGAUGCGCAACGCGCCGCCGAUCGUGCACUUCCGUAUGAAGAAGCUCCGCAACCAAGCCUGGCUCCCAAGGCAGAUGGUCAACCGGCUCAUCCGCGCCGACCAGGCGGGGCAGCUCGUGGACCCCCCGGAGUACCCCGUCAUGGUCCCCAUGCUCCUCCCGGCCGAAGAGAGCAUCUUCGAGGCCGUCAGCGAGGAAGUGGACUACUACAACCGCCACGUCAAGCCGCCGCACGACCCGCCGAUGAGCCUGUACAGCGGCGAGACGGUGCAGCGCACGUGCGCGGCGAUCAGCAUCCAGGCCUUCGCGCGCGGCGUCCUGGCCCGCCGCAGCGUGAAGCCCUCCCUGGUGACCCGCUACAUCGAAAUGGUCGCCGCCCGCGCGAUCCAGCGCGCCUGGCGCGCCUACGACAUCACGCAGCGCAUCGUGCUCAUGCGCCACCUGAACCAGUGCGUCAAGCUCGCCGGCGACGCCUCGGCGCUGUUCCUUACAACGCAAAUGCGCGACAGGCUGACCAAGAUCCUGGAACAGGCGCCGCCGCCGCGCGUGCCGGAGCAGACCGUGGGCUACGGCAUCUCGGUGCACGGCGAGGCCAUGAUCGUGGUGGACGAUCUCGAGAAGUCCCUUCAAGAGCGCAUCAGCAUUUCCAAGUGGCUGAACGCGGGUGUGCGGUACAUAGACGUGGCGGACCAGCUGCAUCACGGCGUGACGGAGGCGCGGUCCUCGAGCGACCUGGGCGCGCUGCUGCUCGACGGCUGCGAGCUGGAGGACGUGCAAUUUGCAAGCGGCAUCUCCGCACACCAGUUGGGCAAGGGGCGGCCGGAGACGCGGAUUCAGUUCGCGAACUCGAUCGAGGCGAAGCGGCGCGCGGUGAUGGUGGCGCUGAUGACGUGGGACCCGCGGACGCGCACGAGCGUGACGCUGGCGGCGAUCCCGCCGUCGCGGUUGAAGCUGAUGGGCGUCAUGAUGACGUGGGCGCACGGGCAGCGCGCGCCGCAGCCCAGCACCGUGACGGGCGCGCUCGGAGCGGAGGACUCGUACCAGGACUCGGAGUACAUGUGGUUCGAGGCCACCGACGAGGUGCGGGCGCGCAUGGCGUGGGAGGAGGAGGUCGCGCGGAUCGACGACUUCGUCAAGGCGCACUUCCCGAACUCCGAGCUCGGCGUCUUCAUCCGCCAGCUCCUCAUCCAGGCGUCCCGCACCCGCCCCCGCACCCCCACCCUGGAGGAUCGCUUCCACGCCACGCUCCCGGGCUACAAGCUCCGCAUGGGCCGCAAGGGCAUGGCCAAGCCCCUCGGCAAGCGCAUGGACCUCGCCGACGCCGUCGCUCGGCUCGAGUCGCUCGGACUCGACGCCACGCACUACCUCGGCGGUUCCCUACAGACCCUCGCCCAGGAGCCGAUCCGCAAGGGCGUCACCUGGGUCGAGGCGCUCACGCGCGCGCGCGCCAACGUCGCGUCGCCGCCCUGGCGCGGCGUCGUCAACGUCUCGCCGCACACGGGCAUGCGCGGCUCUGCGCAGAGUUUUGUGGAACUGGGGUCGGACCAGCCGGGGACCGGCGCGGAGGUGACGACGGCGGACCGCGUGAGCGCGUUCCGGAAGUCGAUGGCCUCGCAGGGCGCGGUGUCGUCGGCGGUCCACGCGGAACUCCCCCCCCCUGACCCCAUGGACCUCAUGUCGGACAUGGGGGGGGACACCGAGCCGUCCGGGAUGCACGCGGGCCUGUCGGUAGCGUCGCAGCGCUCCGGCGCCGCGUCCCCGUCCGUCCCGCGGUCUCGCGGGGCGUCCCCCUCGGGUCCGCCGUCUGGGCUGGUGGCGGCACCUGGCGAGCCGCGCACGACGGGGGCGAGCGAGCUCACGGCGGAAAGGAGUCCGAAGCAGCGGCGGAAGACGGUCGCGUUCAAGGCGCCCGAGAGCGACCCGCCGGCGUUCCUCGACUACGCGCCGCCGUCGGAGGUUGACGCGCAACGUGCGUCGCUCAUCCGAGAGGACGUGCUGGAGUACCCGGUGCACGCGCUGGGGGAGAAGUCGCAGGCGAACAUGACGAUGCUGUCCGCGCAGGCGACGCUGAUGCGGCCGGACGACCCCGCGCAGGUCGGGGGCGACCCGUGGUUUCUGAAACAGAUGCAGGGGGAGGCGCUGCGAAUACAGAAGCGGAUCUGGUCGCACAGCCUGAGCGCGCUGCUGGUGGCGCAGCUCGCGGACCGGUCGAUGCGCGCGGCGGCGGUGCGGAACCGGCUGCCCGCGUGGCCGCGCAUGACUGACGUGACGAUGCUCAAGUAUACGGGGGGGGACUCUCGGCCCGUGAUGAAGCCGAGCGAGACCGCCGCGAUCGUGAGGACGGUCGCCAAGGCGGAGGCGCAGAAGAACGUGCAGGUCGUGGAGAAGGAGAGGACCCGCCGGAAGAAGGCCUUCACGGAGAUCAAGCACACGCGCGAGCGCACGGCGCGGCAGCGGCGCGACCAGCGCACCGUGCGCGCCGACGCGGCCGCGGACGCCAUCGACAAGCGCGGCCAGCAGGUCCUCGGCGCGAAACAAGCCCGCGCCGUCAUCGUCCAGUCCGGCCGCGACCGCGCGCAGUACGCGCGCCACGCCCGCUCCGUCACGAACGCCUUCGCGACGACCCUCGGCGCGUUCUCGCGCCAGGUCAGUAGGGCCCACACCACGGAGCUGCAGCGCGCCAGCGCCGUCGCGGCGAAGGAGCGGACGUCCACGCUUCGCGAGCGCGCGCGCGAGCGCCGCGAGGUCGUGCGCGAGUACAUGCGGGCCGCGCAGGAGGAGCUGCGUGCGGAGGCGGCGAUGGAGAAGAUGAAAGUCGAGGAGAAGGCCGCGCGGGCGCGGGACGCGGCGGCGGCGGAGGUGCGGGCGGUGGUGGACGUGCGGCGGCAGGACGGGUGGCGGCGCGGCGCGACGUCGGACGGGCGGCGCGGCGGUGAGCCGGGGUUCGGCUGGGCGACGAAGCGGCAGCCGUACGGCGUGACGCUGAUCGGGGGCCUGGAGGAGAGGGGGGAGUUUUCGUCGUGGGCGGGGGAGUCGCGGACGCGGUACGACAUCGCGCUGUCGCGGCCGGCGAGCUCGCGCGUGGACGGCGGGGGGGAGUUUCCGAGCGUGCUACGUAUUCACGGUCCGGGGGUGUCGGGGGGGUCCACGGGGGACGUGGGGAAGACGGGGCAGGGGGAGGUCUUCGUGCCCGUGCUCGCGACGGAGCUCAACGGACCGAGCGCGGGCGACGGCGGCGAGGGAAAGGGCGCCGCGCCCCUCUUUGGCGCGUGGGGUGGGCGACAGAGCUCCGCUCGUGCGGCCUCGCCGCUCGGACGGAUGUCUUCGGCGGGGUGGCGCAGGCAGGCGGACGCGCACAAGGAGCGCGUCACGAGCGGGCGCGUGGCCAGCGGGAACGGCGCGGAUUCCGCAGGGGGGGGGGUUUUGGCGGGGCUGCUCAGCGUCGAGUCGCGGUCAAGCGCCGUGGACGUUCCGCCAGCGGCCCUGGAGGCAGCCGUCGCGGACAUCGUGCCCGCGGCUGCCGGCGCGGACGUCGCGCCUGCGGGCGUCGAGGCCGCGCAGGGGGAGUGA